UGAUCACCUCGGAUCGGCCAUGGCUGACUCGGUGGACGGCCAGCUGCGACAGACUUUGCGGGCGGCCCGGAGUCGCUGCCUGCGAGGGGUCAAGGCCAUUGUUACGAAGAAGUCCUCCAGCGAGGAGCGCUAUGCACUGGCACUGGCCAAUUCCAUGCCGGAUGAGGGCGAAACUUUGGACAAGGAGUUUGCGCGUUGUGUGCAAGGUUUGUUGGAGCCUGAUAAGCCCAGCUUCCUGUUGUUCCGUGCAGAUGUCAGCGAAAACAUCGAUGGUCGCUGGCUGUUGUUGGCCUGGCUGCCGGAUGUGGUUCCGGAGGUGGAACGGCUGAG